AUGGGUGUUCCGUCCUUUUUCAGGUGGCUUUCGAGAAAGUAUCCGAAAAUUAUAUCUCCUGUUUUAGAGGACACGCCGCAGAUUGAGGAUGGCGUCGCUCUGCCUAUUGAUUACGCGGGCCCCAACCCAAACGGUGAGCUAGACAACCUAUAUUUGGACAUGAAUGGUAUCGUACAUCCAUGCUCGCAUCCGGAGAACAGACCACCUCCGGAAACGGAAGACGAAAUGCUGUUGGCUGUGUUCGAAUACACCAACCGAGUUUUAAACAUGGCAAGGCCGCGGAAGGUGCUCAUGAUCGCCGUCGAUGGCGUCGCGCCCCGUGCUAAGAUGAACCAGCAAAGAGCGCGUCGUUUCAGAAGUGCGAGGGACGCCCAGAUUCAGAACGAGGAGCGUGAAAGAGUGCUGCUUGAGAAGGAAGAUAUGGGAGAAAUAAUCGACGACAGCGUCAGGAACAAAAAAACAUGGGACAGUAACGCAAUUACUCCUGGUACGCCGUUCAUGGACAAACUGGCCGCGGCGCUUCGCUAUUGGACCAGUUUCAAACUUGCGACGGACCCUGGCUGGAAGAACCUCCAGGUUAUAAUCAGUGACGCUACAGUGCCGGGCGAAGGUGAGCACAAAAUUAUGAACUUUGUGAGAAGCCAGAGGGCUGACCCCCAAUACAACCCCAACACUUCACAUUGUAUCUACGGGCUGGAUGCAGACUUGAUUUUCUUGGGACUAGCCACUCACGAACCACACUUCAAAAUUCUGCGAGAGGACGUGUUUGCACAGGACAACCGCAGAAGACAGCGUGUUCAAGACACAAUUAACAUGAGCGAGGAGGACAAAGCCGCCCUUCUGCAGCAAGAUUCGCAGAAGCCCUUUCUCUGGCUUCAUAUCAGCGUUCUGCGGGAAUAUCUCGCAGUCGAACUAUUUGUUCCUCGUCUAUCGUUUGAAUUCGAUACGGAGAGAGCUGUUGAUGACUGGGUGUUCAUGUGUUUUUUCUGCGGUAACGAUUUCCUGCCUCACUUGCCCUCAUUAGACGUGAGAGAGAACAGUAUCGACAUCCUAGUUGAGAUCUGGAAGACAAUAUUGCCUCGGCUCAAAACAUACAUGACUUGUGACGGAGAACUUAACUUGGACUCCGUAGAACUGCUCUUACAGCAUCUGGGAGCGCGUGAGCCACAGAUGUUCAAAGACAGAUUCCAGCAAGAAAUAAGGAAACAGGAAGCGGCCAAAAGACGGAAGAUGCUGAAGAGUAAUAAUAAUGUUACCAAGGGGAAAACUGACAGAAACUUCACAAUCCCAUUGGAAAACAUGCCUGUCUACGAUGUUUCAGGCAACGCUGCCGACGGCUCGCUCAACCUGUCCAACCGGGAUUUUGUCAAAUUAAGAAAAGAGAUGAACCUUGCCAACGAAGGCGACAAAAAGUCUGCUGCUGCCCUCAAAAUCCAGAGCGAGCAGAAUACCCAACCCACAAAAGACUACACAAAAGAGGAAAUUUCUUCUGCAGUUGAAGUCGCUAAUGAGGCUAAUUUUAGCGCAGCCUCCUCAUUGAAACAAAAGCUGAUAGAAAGAAAGGCAGAGGCAGUUCAAGAGAAUGGCGAGGAUAAAGAAAAUGUCGAAGAGUCUGAAAAACCAAUGAACGACGCUAUUAAGAGAAAGUUCGAGGAGGUUGAUGAUCCUGAGGAGAGCACAAGCGUCGACGCGGAGUCACAGACUCCAUCUAGCAUUUCUGUGGUUCACACCGGCAACGUCAAAAGCGGUGUGGUCGACACCGACGAAGAAGUCAAGUUGUUCGAGCCAGGUUACCACGACCGGUAUUAUACAGCCAAGUUCCACAUCGAUGAGCGCGACAUCGACCAACUGCGCAAAGAGGUUGUGCGUUCUUAUGUUGAAGGUGUGUCUUGGGUUCUUCUUUACUACUACCAGGGGUGCGCCUCAUGGAACUGGUACUACCCAUACCAUUAUGCUCCUUUCGCAUCAGACUUCAAGGACAUAAAAGAUCUGAAAAUCACCUUCGAGAAGGGUGAGCCAUUCCUGCCUUUCGAACAGCUUAUGAGUGUAUUGCCUGCCGCUUCGGGCCAUAACCUGCCGUCUAUUUUCCGGCCGUUGAUGAGCGAGCCAGACUCUGAAAUAAUCGACUUUUACCCCGAGGAGUUUCCGAUCGACAUGAACGGAAAAAAAAUGUCGUGGCAGGGAAUUGCGCUUCUGCCCUUUAUUGACGAGAAGCGGCUGCUCAGGGUUGUCAGGGAUCAAUACGAGCGCCUGAGUCCCGAGGAAAAAGCACGGAACGUCCGGAAACAGGAGGUGUUGCUGAUCAGCAACAAAAACGUCAACUAUGAGAAGUUCAGUUCCAAACUUUACGGCGCAACGCCAGUCGAGGUUGUGGUUUUCCAGCAUUUUAGAAGUGGUCUUUCUGGCCAGGCUAUGGUAGAUCAGGAAGGAUUUGCACCCAACGGUAAGCUGAUCUGUCCAGUGAGCGGAGGCGGGCUACCCGACUUGAGUACCAACCUGUUUCUCAAAGUGGGCUACAAAAUGCCAACUCUCCCCGGGCCCAGCAAAUCCGUGAUUCUGAACGGAUUCAUCCCGCCGCAACCAAUGCUUACAGCCCAGGACAGGGACGCCAUAGUGUACAGGUACAACCACAGGUGGAACGCCAUGGACAUGAAGCACAAUAUCGUCCCCGUCGGCCCGUGCGCCACGACACAAUACCAGCCGCGGAUGGGAGGCUACAAGUCGUUUUUGUUCUAUCAACAGUCGCAUAGCGCGCAGCCCGUGUCGCGGUUCCAGCAGCAGGAGCAAAGCGGCUACUCACGUCCGCAAAACUCCAGGUACGGCGGCGGCGGCGGCGGCAGCUCCAACCGUGGCCGCUUCGGGGGCCCUCAUUCCGCACCAGGAGCAUACAACUCCAGAUAUUCAGCUUCCAAUCGUCAGGGACCUCCUUCUGGGCGCGGGCGCUACUAG